UGUGCAAAAAGCUUAGCAGCUCAGGAAGAGGAAAAUAAGAAAAACAGGAGAGUGAAGGGAUAGAUAACAAUAAUAAACAGGUGAGAAAGUGGAGAGAAGGCGGCGGGACUUUUGUGACAGUCUGGCUGCCUGCGCAUUCACUAGAGUGGACUAACGCUGGUACGGCUGUGGGGCUCUGUCCUCAGGUGUAUUUUACAAGCAAGGCCCAAGCUGCUCGCACAGGCCCAGGGCAGGGGAUCUACUGCUCCCCGGAAUCCCCCCUCAUGGUGGCGCCAAGAGGAGCUGCAAGAGUGCGGUCAUGAACAGCGGACUAUCCCCGUCUCCCUGCUCGUCCGCGUUGGUGGCUACAGCAAACUCCCCGCUAGGUCCCGUGGGAGUCCCCGGUUUAAAGCUCAAGUUUUGCCGUUACUACGCCAAGGAUAAGACCUGCUUCUACGGGGAUGAGUGUCAGUUCCUCCAUGAGGACCCGCUGGGGAUGCACGGUGGCAGUAGUCUGUCUACAGGGAACUCAGUCGUUUACCCGCAACCAGUGCUGCCAGGGCCUGUCAACCCAGCCAGCAAGAAGUUGGAGUUGGGGGGUCACACCGGACCGGGACUGGACACUCAACGCUUAACCAUUCCUGGAAUAGAUGGUGGUGCUUUAACAGAUACUAGUCUCACAGAUUCAUACUUCAGCACCAGCUUUAUUGGAGUGAAUGGAUUUGGGAGCCCUGCCGAAGCAAAAUACCCCAUGAUGCAGCGAAUGACAAACAGCAGCAGUUCACCAAGCCUUCUCAAUGAUAGUGCCAAGUCAUAUGCUGGCCAUGAUCCUCUAGGUUCCCCAGCUUCAACUCUGUUUAAUGACUUUGCGGGUCUCACCAUGUCUCAAAGAAGAAAGCCCAACUCCACCCACCAUUUGCCUUAUUUGGAGGAGCCAAUCUGGUCUUUGUCAGCAGACAACAGGACUAGCCACAGUCAUAAAGCACCUAAUCCAACUGCCAGUGAGUUUAUUCCAAAAGGAGGCUCUACUUCCCGGUUGAGUAAUAUGUCCCAGUCUAAUAUGUCUGCCUUUUCACAAGCCUUGUUCUCCCACCCUUCUAUGGGAAGUCCUGCUGGAGGUGGUCUUGUUCCAGGGAUGUCUCUCUCUGCUGGAUCUUCUCCUCUACAUUCCCCUAAAAUAACACCCCAUACGUCUCCUGCUCCCCGAAGGCGGAGCCAUACGCCGAAUCCAGCAAACUACAUGGUGCCCACUAGUGCCUCAACCCCAGUCACAAAUUCUGCUUCCCAGCCCCCAUCUGCAGGACAGAUUAUACAAAAAGAGACUGUAGGUGGAACAACAUAUUUCUACACGGAUGCAGCUCCAACACAACUUACAGGAAUGGUUUUCCCAAACUAUCACCUUUAUCCUCCAACAGCACCUCACGUUGCUUACAUGCAGCCAAAAGCAAAUGCACCUUCUUUUUUCAUGGCCGAUGAACUCAGACAGGAGUUGAUAAAUAGGCAUUUAAUAACAAUGGCUCAGAUUGAUCAAACUGAUAUGCCUGUACCAGCAGAAGUUGAUAGCUACCACAGCCUCUUUCCACUGGAACCACUGCCACCUCCCAAUCGAAUCCACAAAUCAAGCAACUUUGGAUAUGUAACAUCUUGUUACAAAGCUGUAAAUAGCAAAGAUGAUCUGCCAUACUGUUUGCGAAGAGUUCAUGGUUUUCGCCUAGUAAACACAAAAUGUAUGACGUUAAUUGACACGUGGAAAAAAAUUCAGCACUCCAACAUUGUUACCUUAAGAGAAAUGUUUACAAGCAAGGCAUUUGGAGAGCACUCUCUUGUGUUUGCUUACGACUUUCAUGCUGGAGGUGAGACCAUGAUGAGCAGACAUUUCAAUGAUCCAAGCGCUGAUGCCUAUUUCACCAAACGAAAGUGGGGCCAACAUGAUGGUCCAGUUCCCAGGCAACAUGCUGGGUUGCUUCCAGAAUCCCUCAUUUGGGCCUAUGUUGUCCAGCUAAGUUCUGCUUUGCGAACCAUUCACACUGCAGGACUAGCAUGUCGUGUAAUGGAUCCCACAAAAAUUCUUAUUACUGGUAAAACCAGGCUACGUGUUAAUGGUGUUGGAAUCUUUGAUGUCUUAACAUAUGACAGUAGUCAAAAUAAUCCUAUGGCUUUAAUGCCUCAGUACCAGCAAGCAGACCUGAUCUCAUUAGGGAAGGUUGUUUUGGCGUUGGCUUGCAACUCUCUGGCAGGAAUUCAUAGAGAUAAUCUGCAGAAAGCUAUGGAGCUUGUGACAAUCAACUAUUCCUCUGACUUGAAGAAUUUGAUUUUGUAUCUGCUGACAGAACAAAACAGACUGCGUAGUGUUAAUGAUAUAAUGCCAAUGAUUGGUGCUAGAUUUUAUACUCAGUUGGAUGCCGCCCAAAUGCGUAAUGAUGUUAUUGAAGAAGAUCUUGCAAAGGAGGUUCAAAAUGGAAGGUUGUUCAGACUCCUAGCAAAACUGGGAACAAUUAAUGAGAGACCGGAGUUCCAAAAAGACCCAGCCUGGUCAGAAACUGGAGACAGAUACUUGCUAAAGCUCUUUAGGGAUCAUCUUUUCCAUCAGGUGACAGAAGCAGGCACUCCAUGGAUUGACCUCAGUCAUAUUGUAACUUGUCUUAACAAGUUAGAUGCUGGUGUACCAGAAAAAAUUAGCCUCAUAUCCAGAGACGAGAAGAGUGUACUUGUGGUAACUUACAGUGAUCUAAAACGCUGCUUUGAAAAUACGUUUCAAGAACUGGUUGCAGCUGCAAAUGGCCAGUUGUAGUAUUUGCUGAAAGCAUGCAGGACAUUGCUGAGGAACUAAACCAAUAGCAAAUUGCACUACAGCUGAGUUAUCAUUGUCAUCUCAUUUCAUAUUGGGAAUUAAACAGGAGAUGAGCGAGGCUGCUUGCACUUCAGUCAGGUACACUGUUACUUGAAAAGAAGAAUGUUUCAUUUAUCCUAAAGCUAUGGCUGCCAAUGGAGGCUUUAUCUGUGAAGAAUUUUAUUUUAAAUAUAGGAACACCAUCAGGUGCAUGAUGUUCCUGCUUUUAUUUUUUCCACUUGUAUAUGCACUAAUUUUAAUUUUAAGACUUUCUGAUCUUCGAAGAUUUUGCCACCAUAUAUAAAUAUUGAGGGAACUUCUUUUUUUUUUUUUUAUCGUUUUUCAGGGGCACUGUUUUCUCAUCUGCAAUAUUACAAAAUGUACCUUAUGUGUGUUCAGUAGUGUAAAAGGACCAGGUAGUAAAGCAGUUUCCAUAUAAAUGUGUUGUAUGCAAGCUCUCUUUGGCACUUACAGUGAGUUGAUUGUAAAAAUCUGUAGGAACAAAUAAUGAGCGUAUAUAGUAAUGGUCAGCAAAGGUGUUUCUUUGUUUUGUUUUUUCUCAAUUGAUUAACACACAGUGAACACUCUUAUGAACUGCAUUUUUUUUUUCAGGGAGAACGAGAAAAUAUUUAUACAGAAAAGCAACCAGCUCCUUUGCAUUUUUUUUUAUUCUUCUCGAUAUUGGUUUGUGCAGGUUUCAUUAUGUUCUGAAUAUUGCAUUAUUGACCACAAGAUUCAUAACUUGAUUAUAUACAAUAUUUUAUUGCAUUCUUUAAGAACCACAGCUUUACUAGGGUACUUUACACUGGAUGUGGAGACACUGAUUUAACAAAGAAAACAUCAGCUUCCUGACUUCAUGUGCUUACAGCAUCAGAACCUGCAAAGAAAUGGGAAUUAUCUGCUGUGCCUUUUGCAGUCUGUGUAGCCCAAUAUUACCUUCCUUAUCACUAAAUUUACAUUACUUUUUCACUCCUUGAUUUAUUGUAAAAAAAAUAUCUUAGCACUAUGCGAAGUAUUCAGUGAAUUUCUAACAAAACACAUACUGAAAUUUGUAUUGAAGACUGCCAAAUAUAUUGAAAUUUUCUUGUAAAAUGAGGUUUAGUUUUUCAACCUCGUAGCACUGAAUGCUUAUGAUUUUUGUUUUUAUUGUGUGUAUCAUUUAUGUAUACACACACACAUACACACACACACAUACAUACACACACACACAUAUAUACACGCACACACACACACACACACACACACACACACACAUACAUACAUACAUACAUACAUACAUACAUACAUACACACACACACACACACACACACACACACACACACACACAUACACACACACACAUACAUACACAUAUAUAUAUAUAUAAUAUUGGACCUCUGGAGUGCUUUGUCGGGCAACUUCUAAUGAAAUAAGGAAAGUUCCAAGUGGUCAUACAAGACUUUUGAGAUGUUUUAUUUGAUGUACUGGCUUCAAUUUCGAUUAUUCUUAGUCUUCGCAAAUUCAGGGAAGUUGUACUUCUCGUGUUUUUUUUUUUUUUUUUUUUUUUUUUUAAGAAAACUGCUUACCUGGGGAUUAAAUUAAAGGAGGGACACAUUUUUGCUUUUGAAAGCUUACAAGAACAUGGAUAUCAUUCCUGCAUUUAAUGAAAAGUUGAAAGGUUUACAUUUUAGUAAUAUCAUCCGAGUUUAAAAAUCAAAUACUGCUUUUGAUUUGAUAUAUAUAUAUAUUAUUUUUUUUUUAAAUAAAACAUAAAUGUUUAGCCUUCAGAGAGUUGUUACAACUUGCCACAACAUUGCUCUUUUUUUAAUGUAAAGGUAAAAAAUAUCUUGGAUGAAAAACCAAGCAAGAACCGUCUUUUAUCAUUAGUGUAUGUAUGUGUGUAUGUAUAUAUAUAUAUAUAUAUAUAUAUAUAUAUAUAUAUAUAAGAGAGAAAAAAGCAGCUGUCUUUUUUUAUAUGUUUUUGACAAAUCAUUGCAAUUUUUUGUACAAAAAAUAACUUGUAUUCUUGAUGAACUAUGCUUAAUUUAUAAGAGGACUGCAUUUUUUCAUGGAAAAAAAAUCCUAUUAAUGUUGGAAGUAACUGAAAAUAAAUCAAAUACAGGUCUCUCCAGCACAGUAUAGGUUAAAGGGGAUCAUAUAUCCAUAUAUAUAUAUAUAUAUAUAUAUAUAUAUAUAUAAAUAAAUAUCCAUGUCGGAUAUCUUUUUGUUUAGUUUUGUAUUUCUUUUAGGAUUUUUUUUUUUUUUUUCUUUUUUUUAAAUUUUAUUUAUAUAUCUAUUUUUGGGGACCAAUAUUUUUGUGUAAAAUCAUAUGGCAGAGACGUCACAGGGCUUUCAACAUUAAUAAACCAGCAUACCUUCCUCUAUUAAGAAUUCUUUAAUUGCAUAUAAUUCUUAGUUGCAUACUGCUGUCAGUUUAUUUGCUUCACAACCAUACACUAUUCUCAGGAUUUAAUAAGAAAAUUACAAAAUAAUAAGAAAAUUACAAAAAUAUAAUAAUAAAUUGAAUAGCUAUUUCACCACAAACAUUUUCCCCAUAUUUGUUGAUGUUUGGUAAUACAGUACAUGCAUGCACUUUUCUUUCAUUAGUUGCAGUCUUAAUUUUGUAACCUUUUACUAAAACCUCACACUGGUGUUUUGGGUAACCAACAUUACCCCAUUUUAUUUUCCAUUAAAGAUUAUACUGACACAUCUGUUCAACAAUUGUAGCCGCACCUAGAUAUGGUUUAAGAAACAUUAAUCAUGCCAGGAUAUAACAGGCUGGGACUCUCCAUCGUUGUUUUUGUUGUCUGAUAAAAAGCACAGAAAGAACAUUUAAAAUUGUGAUGUUUAUCUUUUAACAAUUUUGUACAUGUUUUUAAUUUUUUAUUAACUGCUUUUUGUAAAUAUUUUUUUGUUGGUACAUACAUUUUUGCCUUUGAGUGCAUUCUGUAUUAUCAACAAAUUUCUUUGAAAAUCACCUAUAUGUUAAAGUUCUUGUGUCAUGGACUCCAAAUGUUACCCGUUUUCAUGUCUUUUCAGUUUUCACAUGUACAGCAGUAUUUUUUAAUAAAGGAUACCAGAAAUAA